AACGGCUCCUCAUUAAAUCUCGUUAUUGCUGCACGCCCACUGGCUGGUCAUUGCAGGGCUCUCCCGUGCGGGGCGGGGGGUACCCAGCAUGCUGCCGGUGUCCCCGGGGGCCGGGGCCGCGCUGGGACACCUGGGGCACAGAGCCACAGGCAGGGGAGCUGGGGCCGGGUUCCCCUCCGGGAUCCGACCCUGCUUUUUCAGGGCUUCCCCCACAGAGGAAGGAGCUUGGGCGGGUCCUUCCCUGCAGCCCCCACAGCCGCCGGGCUUGACAGAGGGGGCUCCCCGGUUCCCCGGCCGGGGGUCCCCGCACCGCAGCUAUGACAGUCCUGCACCGCGGGCCCAUGCUCAGCGGGUGCAGCCUGCGCCCGGCCCCACAGCUGGCAUCAGGACGCUGCGGGGUCCAAGGUGGGCACAGGGGCACGUGCCCACAGUGCACGGGAGGCUCCGGGCUCCCACGCCCGGCCCUGCUGCAGCGCCCUGCAAGGAGGCCGUGCACCGGGGCCAGGGGAGAGCAGGCACUGCUGCGUUCCUGCGCCAGCCUGUGCCCUUCGGCCGGGCCCCUCCGAGAGGCUCCCCCCCAAGCCAUGCAGGCUGCUCCCCUCCCUGCGGCGCGCGCCCACUCCCCGCCCUUUGUGGUGGCCUGGCCGCCCCCGCGCCCCCCUGCCCGGCCCCGGCCCCCGGCCCUGCUGCAGCCAGAGCUCAGCGCGACACUUUUAUUUACAGGGUUGGGAUUGCACCAAGUACUGUACAGCGCGGGCGCGGAGCCGGCCCGACUCCCCUCGCCCUCCCGUCGGAGAGGGCUUCAUAGGGGCACGCGAGCCCCCCGGGGCAGGCGCUGCAGCACGGGCCGCAAAGCAUCAUGGGAACCAGGAGCCCGGGCAGUGCAAAGCAUUGUGGGAGCGUGGCCAGGGAUCGCAGGCAGUGCAAAGCAUUGUGGGAGUGUGGCUGGGGAUCCCAGGCAGUGCAAAGCAUUGUGGGAGCGUGGCCAGGGACUCCCAGGCAGUGCAAAGCAUUGUGGGAGCGUGGCCGAGGAUUGCAGGCAGUGCGAAGCAUUGUGGGAGUGUGUCCAUUAUGGGGGCUCAGGGAGGCUCCCGGGGCCGGGAGAGGCUGGGAGCAGGGGUGGCAGCCCCGGGCUGGGGCCCCGGGCAGCGGAGCUGGGGUACCGCAGCCCCCCGGGAGCUGCCCCGCUUGCCGCCUGCAGCAUGAGGCCGGGUCUGGGGUGGCGCUGGCCCCGUUAGCUGGUCUCGCUCUUGAACCAGGCCAGCACCGGCUG